UUACAGGGCUUAGCUCAUCUUCAUGCACACCGAGUAAUUCACCGGGACAUCAAAGGUCAGAAUGUGCUACUGACUCAUAAUGCUGAAGUAAAACUGGUGGAUUUUGGAGUGAGUGCCCAGGUGAGCAGAACUAAUGGAAGAAGAAAUAGCUUUAUUGGGACACCAUACUGGAUGGCACCUGAGGUGAUUGACUGUGAUGAGGACCCAAGACGCUCCUAUGAUUACAGAAGUGAUGUGUGGUCUGUGGGAAUCACUGCUAUUGAAAUGGCAGAAGGAGCUCCUCCUCUGUGUAACCUUCAGCCCCUGGAAGCCCUCUUUGUUAUUUUGCGGGAAUCUGCUCCUACAGUCAAAUCCAGCGGAUGGUCCCGCAAGUUCCACAAUUUUAUGGAAAAAUGCAUGAUAAAAAAUUUUCUGAUUCGUCCUACUUCAGAGCAUAUGCUCCAUCACCCAUUUGUUCGGGAUAUAAAAAAUGAACGCCAUGUUGUUGAGUCAUUAACAAAGCAUCUUACUGGAAUCAUCAAAAAAAGACAAAAAAAAGGGAUACCUCUGAUCUUUGAAAGAGAAGAAGCUAUUAAGGAACAGUACACCAUGAGAAGAUUCAGAGGACCCUCUUGCACUCACGAGCUUUUGAGAUUGCCAACCAGCAGCAGAUGCAGACCACUUAGAGUCCUGCAUGGAGAACCCUCUCAGCCGAGGUGGUUACCCGAUCGAGAAGAGCCACAGGUCCAGGCACUUCAGCAAUUGCAGGGAGCAGCCAGGGUGUUCAUGCCACUACAGGCUCUAGACAAUGCACCUAGGCCUCUACAGGGUCAGGCUCAGGCUCAGGCACCUCAACGACUACAAGGGGCAGCUCGGGUGUUCAUGCCACUACAGGCUCAAAUUAAGGCUAAGGCCUCUAGGCCUCUACAGAUGCAGAUUAAGGCACCUCCACGACUACGGAGGGCAGCCCGGGUGCUCAUGCCACUACAGGCACAGGGUAGGACGCCUAGGCCUCUACAGGCACAGGCACAGGUACCCAAAAAGCAGCAGGCUCAGGCCCAGGCCCAGGCAUCAGAACAGCCCCAAGAUCUGGACCAGGUGCCAGAGGAAUUUCAGGGGCAAGAUCAGGUACCCCAACAGCAACAAAGACAGGGCCAGGUUCCUGAACAGCCGAGACAAAACCAGGUACCAGAAGAGCAGCUGGAGCAGAACCCAGCACCCGAACAGCCAGAGGUACAGGAAGAGGCUGCUGACCCGGGGCAGGCAGAGACUGAGGCAGAGGAGCCUGAGUCAUUGCGAGUACAUGCCCAGGUGUUCCUGCCCCUACUGUCACAGAACCACCAUGUGCUGUUGCCACUACAUUUGGAUACUCAGGUGCUCAUUCCUGUAGAGCGCCAAACCGAAGGAUCACCUAGGGCACAGGCCUGGGCACUGGAGCACCCACAGGCUAUUGGCUCAGUUCAAGCACUGAUAGAGGGACUAUCAAGAGACUUGCUUCGAGCACCAAACUCACAUAACUCAAAGCCACUUGGUCCACUGCAAACCCUGAUGGAAAACCUGGCAUCGAACAUGUUUUAUUCUCAACCCGAACAGGCACGAAAGAAAAAAUCAAAAGUUUCUAGUCUAAGGCAGGCACUGGCAAAAAGACUGUCACCAAAGAGGUUCAGGGCAAAGUCAUCACGGAGACCUGAAGAGCUUGAACUCUCAGAUUUAGAAGCCGGCAGGCAAAGGCGCCAACGCAGAUGGGAAGAUAUCUUUAAUCAACAUGAAGAGGAAUUUAGACAAGUUGAAAAUGACAAAGAUGAGUCAUCAGACAAUGAUGAGGUAUUUCAUUCCAUUCAGGCCGAAGUCCAAAUAGAACCAUUGCAGCCAUACGUUCCAAAUCCCAGAGGAAAUGAGGUUCAAGACAGACCUAGUAUGCUUUACAACCAGGAUCAUGCACACAGUGUCAAGCUCUCUUCAAGUGUUCUUCAGCGGUCUCUUUUGGAACAAGUUCAGAAGCCCAUUGACAUCGGACAAAGGAGUUCACAAAAUCUUCAAAAUUGCCCAGCAGCAUCAGAAUCUUCUUCUGAGGAAGAGAGUCCUGUGACCAGGAGGAGAUCUCAGUCAUCACCACCUUACUCUACGAUUGAUCAGAAGUUGCUGAUUGACAUCCACGUUCCAAAUGGAUGUAAAGUAGGAAAAAUAUCACCCCCCGUAUACUUGACAAAUGAAUGGGUAGGCUAUAAUGCACUCUCUGAAAUCUUCCGGAAUGAUUGGUUAAUUCCCGCACCUGUCAUUCAGCCACCUGAAGAGGAUGGUGAUUAUGUUGAACUCUAUGAUGCCGGUGCUGAUACUGAUGGUGAUAACGAUGAUGAUACUCAUGAUGCUUAUGAAGAUACCUAUGGCCUUGCCAAUGGCAGUGAUGACUUGGAUAACCAGGUUUAUCAGGCUAGUGAUGUCUGUAAAGAUUGUGAUGAUGAUGACAACAAUGAUGAUUGUGUUGAUGACACAGACAAUAAUCGUGAUGAUGUGCCUAGUUGGCCAAGGGAAAGCUAUGGCCAAGAUGGACGCUGGAAGCAAGACGGUAUUGAUGGAAAUAAUGGAAAAGAAGUCUACAGAGUCUAUAUAAGCCAUAAAGCCAAUAGAAGCCAUGGAGCAAGUGCAGCCACUGGGAGCAGUGCUGCCAUCGGAGACCAGGAAGGACAUGAAGCCAGUAUAGGCAGUGGAAGAAGAAGCAGCAGGGGUAAUGGAGGUAAGGGAGUCAGUGGAACCAAUGAAGAGAGCGGAGCACUUAAACUGAAUAGAAGAGAAAAUUGCUCAGAGACAGACCGUCCAGGAUUGGAGAGACUUGCAUCCUGGGACUUUGAACAUCAACAGGAGGAGCCAGGUGGUAGAAGUGAGGCCUCAAAUGCAGCACCCGAUGAUGGAAAUGACAAUAAGGACAUAUCAGAAUUAUCAAUACAAUCAGAUUUUUCUGCCUUCCAUUCGUCUCCUUCUAAAGGUUCUGGGAGGGUUACUGAUGCUGACUUUGCCAGUGCCACCUUAUGUUCUGGAUUCGAGGAAGUGCCUGAGGAAUCACCUAAGCAACCCUCUGAAGUCAAUGUUAACCCACUUUAUGCAACCACUGAGUGUAAGAAACCACUAAUCCACAUGUAUGAGAAGGAAUUUACUUCUGAAAUCUGCUGUGGUUCUUUGUGGGGAGUCAAUUUGCUGUUGGGAACCCGAUCUAAUCUGUAUCUGAUGGACAGAAGUGGGAAAGCAAACAUUAUUAAACUUAUAAAGCGAAGACCAUUCCGCCAGAUUCAAGUCGUAGAGCCACUCAAUUUGCUGAUUACCAUCUCAGGCCAUAAGAACAGACUUCGAAUGUACCAUCUCAGCUGGCUAAAGAACAAGAUUUUGAAUAAUGAUCCAGAAAGUAAAAGAAGGCAAGAGGAAAUGCUGAAGACAGAGGAAGCCUGCAAAGCUAUUGAUAAGUUGACAGGCUGUGAACACUUCAGUGUCCUCCAACAUGAAGAAACAACAUAUAUUGCAAUUGCUUUGAAAUCAUCAAUUCACCUUUAUGCAUGGGCACCAAAGUCCUUUGAUGAAAACACUGCUAUUAAAGUAUUUCCAACACUUGGUCAUAAGCCAGUGACAGUUGACCUGUCAGUUGGUUCUGAGAAAAGACUAAAGGUUUUCUUCAGCUCAGCAGAUGGAUAUCACAUCAUUGAUGCAGAAUCUGAGGUUAUGUCUGAUGUGACCCUGCCGAAUAACAAUAUCAUCAUUUUGCCUGAUUGUUUGGGAAUUGGCAUGAUGCUCACUUUCAAUGCUGAAGCCCUCUCAGUGGAAGAAAAUGAACAACUCUUCAAGAAGAUCCUUGAAGUGUGGCGAGACAUACCAUCUUCUGUAGCUUUAGAGUGUACACAGCGAACCACAGGAUGGGGCCAGAAGGCCAUUGAAGUACGCUCGUUGCAAUCAAGGGUUCUGGAAAGUGAGCUGAAGCGCAGGUCAAUUAAGAAGCUGAGAUUUCUGUGUACCCGAGGUGACAAGCUGUUCUUUACCUCUAUCCUGCGCAAUCGCCACAGCCGGGUUUACUUCAUGACCCUUGGAAAACUUGAAGAGCUCCAAAGCAACGAUGGUGUUUAAAAGCUUCCAAUGAUUUAUUGCAACAUUUACCAAUUUCACAUGUAUGCAAUUUGCAUCUUCAGAUUUCUGAGAUUAAAUGAGCAUUCAGUUUUAUUUUUAGUGAAAAAUUAAAUCAGAAACUUAACUUUUAAUGUAGCACAGAAUAGUUUAAUGAGAAAUGCAGCUUUAUAUAUAAAAUUAACUAUAGCAAGCUCUAUGUACUGCAAUGGUGUACAAUGUCUUUUGCACAAACUUUGUAACUUUUGUUACUGUGAAUUCAAACAUUGCUCUUUGGACAUUUUGGACAGUAUCUGUAUUCAGAUUUUACAACACGGAGUAAAGAAUCUUGUUAUGAAUGAGAUUACAAGCAGCUUUCAAAAGAAUUGGCCCUGGGUAAGAUUUUUCUGAAAAAGAAAAACACUGAAAAACCAUAUGUGAUUUUUCCAAAGUCAUGUAAAGAACCAAAGGUUAGAUCAUGAAACAAAAAUCUUAUGGACUGUGUUAUAUCCCAGACUAAGGUUGAACAACCUGCAUGCCCAGAGAAAAUCACAGUGAUAAAGAGGAAAAUGCCACCCAUUUUCCUCACUGCUUCGUGACAGUUAAGCUCACAGUUAAAGACCAGUUGUGUUCUUUUCACCCCAAGUUAAGCUGGUUUUCUCCCAAUGAGAAGAAAGGAAGAAAGCCUCAAAUGUUUGGUUUUCCUCAGAUCCCCCAAAGAUGUGCAAUAGCUGUUUUUAUAAACCACCAAAUAAUACACUUGCAUACCUGAAUACAGGACUGAACUCCUAUACACAUGUACUGUAGAAUUAAUUCUUUUUUUUUAAUACUUUAGGCGUCAAAUUUUACCCCCAUAAGAAGAUUGGUUGAUUUAUCAAAAUUAUUAUCUAGCCAACAGUGUGACCAUCAAAAAACAUUAAAUAUUUGCCCAAUCCCAGAUUAAACUAUAUAAAAAUUUCCCUUCAGUUAUUAAACAAAAACAAUAAAACAAAUGAAAAACUUUGCUAAU